AUGGCUUCUCUGAGAUCUGCACUCCGACGUCUCACCACCAGGCGCCACUCUACCAGGUCCGUCUUGGCCUAUAGGAUGGUAGUGCUUGGUAAAACUGGCGUUGGAAAAACUGCCAUCAUAUCUCAGUUCCGACAGCGAGAGUUGAAGGAAGACGAGUCCACCUACAACAUUGAAAGAGCCGUCUUCAAAACCCACAAUGCAUUACUCAGCUUAGACAUAGUUGAUACCGCAGGCAUUCAUAGAGCGUUUCCCAUGCUGGAAUUUUCAAUAUGUAAAAGUGAUGCGUUUAUGUUGGUGUAUUCGGUGGACGAUCAGGAAUCUUUUGAAAUGAUGCAACGGCUUCGUCACGAAAUCAUUGAGUUGAAGAUGGAUAAAGACGUUCCUAUCGUAGUUGUUGCCAAUAAGCAGGACCUCCCUGACGACGAGAAGGCUGUGCCGUGCAACGCAGCCGAGUAUUUGAUCAGAAGGAAAUGGAGACAUGGCUACGUCGAGGCAUCGUCCUUCAACUACGAUCAGGUUUGUGAAGCGUUCAAACAAAUUGUCAGACAGUUGACUCGCAAUGUUUCACUCACUCCGGUUCUAAAGAGACGGAGUCCAUCUGUAGCAGGCCCAGCACCAGGACCACAGCGGAGCUCUUUCAUCACAUUCCUACGUGGGCUCUUGAAGAAAAGGGAUGUGUAG